CAUAUGCAUAUGUGGUAAGGAGGCACUAACUUAAGAGAGGAGAUAAGAUUAUAGACUGUUUGUAAAGCUUUCUACAUUCUCAUUAGCGGUUAUCCUCUCAAGCCAAAAACAAGAAGAAAAAAAAAAAAACAAACAAACAAAGAAAAUAAGAAAAUGGCCUCAGCAUCACUCCUCAAGUCAUCACUAGUCCUUGACAAAUCUGAGUUUGUGAAGGGUCAAUCCCUUCGCCAAACUUCUGCCUCCAUUGUCCGGUGCAACACCACCGCCUCCUCUGCUCUUACUGUUCGUGCUAGCUCCUAUGCUGAUGAGCUUGUCAAGACUGCGAAAACCAUUGCAUCCCCUGGACGUGGUAUUUUGGCUAUGGACGAGUCGAAUGCUACUUGUGGAAAACGUCUUGCAUCAAUUGGACUAGAGAACACCGAGGCUAACCGCCAGGCAUACCGUACCCUUCUUGUCUCAGCACCUGACCUUGGCCAAUACAUUUCUGGUGCUAUCCUCUUUGAGGAGACUCUCUACCAAUCCACUGUAGAUGGCAAGAAGAUGGUUGAUGUUCUUACUGAGCAAAACAUUGUUCCUGGUAUCAAAGUUGACAAGGGUUUGGUGCCUCUUCCCGGCUCCAACAAUGAAUCAUGGUGCCAAGGUCUUGAUGGUCUUGCUUCCCGCACAGCUGCUUACUACGAGCAGGGAGCUCGUUUCGCCAAAUGGCGUACUGUUGUGAGCAUUCCAAAUGGCCCAUCUGCUCUGGCAGUGAAAGAAGCUGCUUGGGGUCUUGCUCGCUAUGCUGCUGUUUCUCAGGACAAUGGAUUGGUCCCAAUUGUGGAGCCAGAAAUCUUGCUUGACGGUGAGCAUGGCAUUGACAGGACUUUUGAAGUCGCGCAGAAAGUCUGGGCUGAGGUUUUCUUUUACUUGGCUGAGAACAAUGUCAUGUUUGAGGGUAUCCUCCUCAAGCCCAGCAUGGUUACUCCUGGUGCUGAAUGCAAGGACAGGGCCACUCCUCAGCAAGUUGCUGACUACACUCUCAAGCUCCUCAAGAGGAGAAUCCCCCCAGCCGUCCCCGGAAUCAUGUUUUUAUCUGGUGGGCAAUCUGAAGUUGAAGCAACUCUUAACCUGAACGCCAUGAACCAGUCUCCAAACCCAUGGCAUGUGUCCUUCUCAUACGCCAGGGCCCUCCAGAACACUUGCUUAAAGAAGUGGGGUGGCAGACUUGAGAAUGUUAAGGAGGCUCAGGAGGCAUUGCUUAUUCGUGCCAAGGCUAACUCACUUGCUCAGCUCGGCAAGUACACUGGCGAGGGAGAAUCAGAAGAGGCCAAGCAAGGAAUGUUCGUCAAGGGCUACGUCUACUAAGUUAUGUUUGAAGCAAAUGCUAUAGAAUGAAAGAGAGCAAUCAAAAUGCAAGAAUUAAUUUCUGCGUUAAAAAUGCUUUAUAGCCAUGGAGACUAUUUUUGUUCUUUGUUACAUGUACUUUUAGCCACUUAAUAAACCUGUUGCUGAUGAGAUUA